AUGCUAGGAGAAGAAAUCCCCUCAACAGAUUCUUCAAUAAAAAUUGAUGAAGAAGCCCCACAAGUCAAUCUCCCGAUUCAACGUCACAUGUCAGAAAUUGCCAUAAAACGUGACAAACACUUCAUUGACACGCAAAAUUGCGUGGGAACAGCGAUCAUAACUCUAAGUGCAGCUAUAUCCAUGGGAAUGAACAACGCUGAAGACAUUGACUAUGCUCAACUGAUGAAGUAUCUAUGGGAUACAGGCAAAUUGCUGUGCGACACAUAUCACCAGCAAUCCAUAGCCAGAAAAUCGUUCAUCACUCCCAUCCUUGACAAGGAAAUCAAACCAACACUGGAUGCUAGCAUCUCUGACAAAUGGCUCUACGGAGAAAAUUUGACUGAUCAAGUCAAAGACGUCAAAGAGAUUGAAAAAGCAUCUGCCUCACUGAAACCUCCCCCAAAACCCCCUCUCAAAAAAUUUAUCCCAAAAAAUAUUAAUCAGGGAAACUUGGGAGGCCCACCUACGGGAUACAGUCAGGUGGGCUACUACCAGACGAAGAAAUUCACCAAUGUGAAGUACAGACCGAGACUAGCAAUGACACGUCCCCCAUCGAAAUACAACUCCGAGAAGACCAGACCAGCAGCACGAACAUCCAAAAAAUAA